CAUCAAACACACCGAGAUGCCCGGUUCUGAAUCGUUUUUUCUCUACCACCAAAAUGAAAUCUUUUUCUGAAACAGAUAAUAAGUUCCCCAAAAAUGGAAAAAGAAUGUAUUAAAAAAUAGAAAAAAAAAAAAAGAAAAGAAAAGGAAUUGGAAUGUUGAGUUAAUUUUGAAAUUCUCUAGAAUUUGAAGUCUUAAAAAAUUAAUCUUGUCGCUAUAUUCUCUUUCUCGCUGGAGGAGGGUGUAGUGGUGAUUGAGAUGAACUCCAAAGGAGCGAUCAGCUCUGAUGGGACAUCCAAUUCUUCAUCUUCUUCCGCCAAGAAAAAUUCCAAGAAACCCAGAUAUUCUAGGUUUACCCAGCAAGAGCUUCCUGCUUGUAAACCAAUUCUAACGCCAGGACUGGUCAUUUCGGCUUUCAUGGUCGUUGGCUUUGUCUUCAUCCCAAUUGGCCUCAUAUCGUUGUUUGCAUCAGAGAAGGUGGUGGAAAUCGUGGAUCGGUACGAUGAAGCAUGCGUUCCUCCUACUCACUCCAAAGAUAUGGUUGAAUACAUCCAAAACGGUGACAUAGACAAGACCUGUACCCGUAGUUUGAUUGUCCCAAGACAAAUGAAAAGUCCUGUGUUUAUCUACUAUCAACUUGACAAUUUCUACCAAAAUCAUCGACGAUACGUUAAGAAUCGAAGUGACAAGCAGUUACGAAGCAAGGCAGAGGAAGCAAACACGGAACAGUGUAAACCUGAAGACAGUGAUGGUGGUUCCCCAAUUGUUCCUUGUGGCCUAAUUGCUUGGAGUUUGUUCAACGACACAUACGGGUUCUCGAUAAACGAUAAGGCACUAGAAGUCAACAAAAAGAACAUAGCAUGGGCAAGUGACAAAAAGCACAAAUUCGGGUCUGAUGUCUUUCCUAAAAAUUUCCAAACUGGAGGUCUCACCGGAGGUGGAAAACUUAAUUCUAGCAUACCUUUGAGUGAACAAGAAGAUUUAAUUGUUUGGAUGCGGACAGCUGCACUGCCAAAGUUCAGAAAACUUUAUGGGAGAAUUGAGAAGGACCUUCAUGCUAACGAUAAGCUUGAAAUCGUGAUACAUAAUAAUUACAACACGUAUAGUUUUGGAGGCAAAAAAACACUUGUUCUCUCAACCACGACUUGGAUAGGUGGAAAAAAUGAUUUUCUGGGUGUAGCGUAUCUGACAAUUGGAGGUCUAUGCUUGUUCUUGGCAACAUGCUUCAUACUGGUGUAUGUUGUGAAGCCAAGGCCACUUGGGGAUCCAUCCUACUUGUCUUGGAACAGAAAUCCACCGGGAAAUCAAAAUUAGGACGGUUUUGUACAAAUGUUCCAGUCAACUCGACAGUUUAUUGAGCAAACUUUUCGUCAUCUCUCUUGGAUGCAAAUUUACAUCAGAAGUUGAUGCUUGCUUUUGUCUUCAAAGUGUGCUAAUGUUGCCUGAGAAUGAUGUUAUAUUAACUGAUAUUGAUUCUGGAAUCCUGAAAGAAGUGCUCAAUUUCCAUUAAUGGCAGUAUUGAUGGAUGGGAUGAUCCUUGAAGGAAAGAACAUGUACCACAAAUGGCAUGCUUUAUUAUAUACAAGUUUAGUCUCACAUAUUGAAGAAUGGUUGAUCUGUAUCAUAUUAUGUUGAUAUAUUUAUUUGAAAAACAAUUACUUGAUGAAGUUGGGAACUGAA